CAUUUUCUGUUUUGAACUUUUUACUGACAGAAUUAAUUCGUCAUCAAAAUAAAAGAAAAACAGUUCAUUUUUGUAAUCACUAAACAAAAAGUUUACAGUAAACUGGUGAAAUGAGCAAUUUAGAGAAUACUUCACAAAUUGAAACAAAGCUCGAAAAGGAGAAAACGAACCAAGCCCUGCUGAAGGAUCGUGUCGAUAAAUACUCUGAAUUGACUCGGUCUAUGUCAAAAAUCCUCAAUUCUUUCGAGCAACGUUUGGGGAAGCUGGAACACACAAUUCUACCCGUUUACAAUGUGACUAAGAAUCUUCAAAAACAGCAACAAAAUUUGGAUUCCACUUUGAGCUACUUGGAGCAGGUACUGUCCCAUUACGAUGCCUCGCAGGAUGUAUGCAACCUGAUUCAUCAGGGGCCAUCGGAAGGAAACAUCGCAGCUUUUCUCGACGGAUUGAAUAAGCUGAAAAAGGCUAAGGACUACUUUCUGAACAACAAUCCACAAAGUGUGGAAUUGGAGAACGUCACCAGCUUGUUCAACAAUGGCUGCGAAACUUUGAACAAUCAUUUGAAAUCGCUGCUGAAAAAGCAUAGCGCUCCGAUGCGGCCCGUCGAUUUGCUGGAUCUGAUCUACAUCGAGGAAGAUUCUUCCAACGAGGAUUGCCCAUCGAUCAAGCAGCUUCCGAGCAGUACCCGGGAGGAACUGAAUGUGAUUGCACAAUGGUUGGAUAACAACCUACGGCGGGAGUAUGUACAGAUCUAUGGCGAUGAGCGUUCGGAGGUGAUUAUGAGAUCGCUGCAAAAUUUGAAAGAUCACCAGAAGAGUGGAAGCUGGGGAAAUGAACCGUUGAAGUCCAGAUACUACGGGCGUCAGUCGGAUGCAGGACUGAAAAAGUCUACUUCCGCACGGUUGCAGCAAAUCUUCGAACGCAAGGCAAACAAAAUGCUCAUGAAAGCAUCCCAAACGCUCGGACAAUCCGCCGGGUUGGCGAUGCGGAAAAACUCCUCCUUCGGAGACAUUCUCGCAGCAGAAGAGUACGGAAACGAUAACGAUCAGGAGCUGGAAAAAUAUCUGGUACUUCUACUCGGCUUGCAAAAACUGCUAGUUUGGGAACGUCACCUGUUGAACGAUAUCAUUCCAACUUCACGUCACAACGAAGUUUUCUCCCGCCUUUCGCAACCGUCGAUUGAAAUGGUUGUGAAGGACGCCGAAGCGAUUACCGGGCGGGUGCUGCGAAGUAUCAGUCGCAGAGAGUGGUCCGCUGCAUUAGGCAUUUUCUCAGCCUUGAAACACGUCCAGAUUCUGCAACCUGACAUCGAUAAAAUUUGCGACACUGCUCAGCGACAGCAGCUAAGUGGAGUUUUGAGCAAACUCCAGCAGACCGGUUCUAAAGCGCUGGAACAGUUUAUAGAUGCUGUUAAAAAUGACUCUGGAAGUGGUGGGAUGGUAAGCAUGAGUUCCAGCACUAUAAGCUAUGGUGGAAGUUCAAAUGUACCGAAGGAUGCAACCGUUUACGAGCUAACCUCGAACACGAUUUGGUUCUUAGAACAACUUCAAGAACAUUGCGACACCAUCGGUAGCAUUCUUCUGGUGGAUUCAGUUUAUUCAAACGAUCUCGAUCGGAUUGCUUCCCACAAAACGGUUUCAGUCGAGCAAAAAAAUAAAGCUCUUCUGGGGAUCUACGUCCGGAAGGUUCUUGGCGAGUUGAACUAUACUAUUGCCACUAAAUCGGAACAGUACGGAGAUUUGGCCACAAAGCAGCUGUUCAAGCUGAACAACACGCACUACAUUUUGAAAUCACUGCAACGUUCCAAUCUGAUCGAUAUUGUUGCCCUCACGGAGCAUGACUGCGAGAAGCGUUAUCAAAAGAUGAUUCAAGAUCUCAAAAAAGCCUAUCUUAGUUCGUGGUCCAAGAUGCUAGCUAACAUCGCACCGUUGGAAGACAUUCCCCGGCCGAUGGGAGGGCGUGUUAAAGACAAAGAGCGAGCCAUUAUCAAGGAGCGUUUUUCCUCUUUCAACAAGGAACUGGACGACGCAAUGCGAACCCAGCGGGCCGUGUCCGUUCCUGAUGUACUUCUUCGAGAAGGUAUCAAACGGGACAACACCGAGCACAUUGUACCGCAGUACAAUGCGUUCUUUGAAAUCUAUUCCGAAGUGCAGUUCAGUAAGAAUCCUGAGAAGUACGUCAAAUAUCGACCUACCGACGUAACAGCGAUGCUGAAUAGCUUCUUCGAUGACACAAUAUAAAAUGACAAAAAAUAUAAGAUACCUGUUUAAGUUACGUUAAUAUAAAACCGAGUUAUGCUGCAAAUGCACCUUUUUCGCAAAAA